CAGAAAGAGGAAGCCGCGCCAGUUGGACGGAAGGAGUAGCUCUAAGUGUGGGGUAAAACAAGCAGUUCCGUGAUAUUCUUAGCGGAAAUAUGGUUGCCACGUCAGUCACGUGAGCCGGAUGUGGUAGUAAAUUCGCCUCGGGAUCACGUGGGGGAGAUGCCGGUUGCUGUGCAGCGUCACGAUGUGGGGCCUGUCUUUCCCAGUCCGGCGAUGAGCGCGGUGGAAGCGGACACUAAGGCUAGGCGGGCGGCCGUCCUCCGCGAUGAGCUGGUGGAGAGCGUGUCGCUCUAUCGCCGCCGGCACUGGCUGCUGCACGGUACCCUUGGGCCCUUCGCGGCGCUCUACGUCGCCUGGCUCUACCUGUGGGUGUGCCGCUACGGGGUCAGCCAGUACCCGGAGGCGGGUCUCAUCGCGCUCGCCGCACUGGGAAUCGCGCACAUCCUCACCGUCCUGUCCGGGCACUGGUCAGUGCACGCACACUGCUUGCUUACCUGCACCGCGGAACAAAAUCCUUUCAAAGCAACUUGGGCCAAGGUUGUUCCUACUCCUAAUAAUGGGUCCCCCGAGUUGGUGCCGCUUCAACAUGACCAAGACAAGAAUCAUCAGAAAAUCAUCUCUUUUGAGUUUCAGAAGAUUAAAUACUGGUAUGAUGAAGUUGAAAAUGAGUUCCUUCCAGUGGCUUUUCCAGUAGAUUUUCAACUUCAGUUUUACCACACUGCCAAGGGAUUCCAGGAUGAAACAGAACUGAAAGCUGCUGAAAAGAAAUAUGGGACAAACAAGGCUGAAAUGGUGGUUCCUGAAUUUAUGCAACUCUUCAAAGAGAGGGCCACAGCUCCUUUCUUUGUUUUUCAGGUGUUCUGUGUGGGUCUGUGGUGCUUGGAUGAGUACUGGUAUUACAGUGUCUUUACCCUUUUCAUGCUGGUGGCCUUUGAAGCCUCCCUGGUGCAGCAACAAAUGAGGAACAUGUCCGAGAUCCGGAAAAUGGGCAACAAACCCUACAUGAUCCAGGUCUACAGGAACAGGAAGUGGAGACAGAUUUCAAGUGAUGAGCUCAUUCCUGGUGAUAUUGUUUCAAUAGGUCGUUCACCUCAUGAGAAUUUGGUCCCCUGUGAUGUUCUGUUGCUCAGAGGGCGAUGCAUUGUAGAUGAAGCUAUGCUAACAGGGGAAUCUGUUCCACAGAUGAAGGAACCAGUGGAAGAUAUUGCUGCAAAUCACAUACUGGACUUGCAAUCAGAUUCAAAGCUGCAUGUAAUAUUUGGGGGAACGAAAGUAGUUCAACAUACUCCACCUCAAAAAUCUAGUGCAGGACUCAAACCUGUGGAUAACGGGUGUGCUGCCUAUGUCCUGAGGACUGGAUUUAAUACUUCUCAGGGAAAAUUGCUGCGGACAAUCUUAUUUGGAGUCAAACGAGUUACUGCCAACAAUCUGGAGACCUUUAUCUUCAUCCUUUUCCUUCUAAUCUUUGCUAUUGCUGCAGCUGUUUAUGUCUGGGUAGAAGGCACAAAGGACCCAAACAGAAACCGUUACAAGUUGUUUUUGGAGUGUACAUUAAUCCUAACAUCUGUUGUUCCACCUGAGCUCCCGAUUGAAUUAUCACUGGCUGUCAACACUUCCCUUAUUGCCUUGGCUAAACUCCAUGUGUACUGUACGGAACCUUUCCGAAUCCCCUUCGCUGGGAAAGUUGAAUUCUGCUGCUUCGAUAAAACUGGUACUCUAACAAGUGACAACCUGGUGGUCCGAGGUGUUGCUGGACUCAGAGAGGGAAAGGAGUUGGUCCCAGUAUCUGAGAUUCCCCUGCAGACGCACCGAGUGGUGGCAACAUGUCAUUCACUGGUACAGAUGGAUGAUGGGACAUUAGUUGGUGAUCCUCUUGAAAAGGCAAUGCUAACAGCAGUUGACUGGACACUCACAAAAGAUGAAAAGGUUUUCCCUAAAAGUAUCAGAUCACAAGGUCUGAAAAUCCACCAGCGCUUUCAUUUUGCCAGUGCACUGAAACGCAUGUCAGUCCUCGGCUCCUACGAAACAAUGGGUUCCACGGAUCUGCAGUAUUUCAGUACGGUGAAGGGAGCACCUGAGACAUUGCGUAGCAUGUUCUCUGAGCGACCUAGUAAUUAUGAUUAUGUCCACACUGAGAUGUCGCGAGAAGGAGCAAGGGUGUUGGCCUUGGGAUAUAAAGAGAUGGGAUAUCUCACUCAUCAUCAGGCACGAGAAAUAACCCGUGAGGAUUUGGAAUCAAACCUGAAAUUUGCUGGUUUCAUUGUUGUCUCUUGUCCCCUUAAGAGUGAUUCAAAAGCCGUGAUUAGAGAGAUCCAAAAUGCAUCACAUCAGGUAGUUAUGAUCACUGGUGAUAACCCACUGACAGCCUGCCACGUGGCUCGUGAGCUCCACUUCAUCCAGAAAGCACACACUCUUGUCCUCCAGGCACCACAUAAUAAAGAUGCUACAUGGCAAUGGGAGUCCAUUGAUGGCACAAUUAUUAUUCCCAUGAUAACACGAUCCAGUGAAUUAACCCAAAACUACAACUUGUGUAUGACUGGAGAAGGCCUUAAUUACCUAGUUACAGUGGACAAGCCAUUACUGAUGAAGCUUAUGCCUCACGUCCAGGUGUUUGCCCGGGUUGCACCGAAACAGAAGGAGUUUGUAAUCACCAGUUUUAAGAGCCUGGGUUACACAACAUUGAUGUGCGGUGAUGGAACUAAUGACGUUGGAGCCUUAAAGCAUGCUGAUGUUGGAGUGGCCUUGCUAGCCAACACUCCCGAGCGGAUUCCAGACAAGAAAAGGAAGACAAAAGAUGGGAUGAGUGAUGGGAAGUCCUCUGCUUCUAAUGCAGGCAGCAACAUGAAACUAAGCUCUCGAGCAGCAAGGCAGCGGUUCAUGUCACAGCGCGAGGAGCAGCUUGCUCUGCACCGGGAGCGUCUUAACCAGGUGCUGAAAGAUCUAGAGGAUGACCAGAUGCCUAUAAUUAAACUGGGAGAUGCCAGCAUUGCAGCACCAUUUACUUCCAAGCUGUCAUCCAUUAUGUGCAUAUGCCAUGUAAUAAAGCAGGGGCGGUGCACAUUGGUGACCACACUGCAGAUGUUUAAGAUUCUGGCCUUGAACGCCCUGAUCCUCGCUUAUAGUCAGAGCGUACUGUACCUGGAAGGGGUUAAAUUCAGUGACUUUCAGGCCACACUCCAAGGACUCCUUUUGGCUGGUUGUUUCCUCUUCAUCUCCAGAUCCAAGCCACUGAAGUCCCUGUCCAAGGUACGUCCGUUGCCAAACAUAUUCAACUUGUACACUAUCCUCACGGUCCUGCUGCAGUUUACAGUCCACUUCAUCAGCUUAGUAUUUUUAUAUAGGACGGCACAAGAACAUUCCUCCUUCAGGACAGAUGAAUUUGUGGAUCUAGACAAAGAAUUUGAGCCGAGCCUCGUGAACAGUACUGUCUACAUAAUGUCCAUGGCCAUGCAGAUGGCCACUUUUGCCAUUAAUUAUAAGGGUCACCCGUUCAUGGAGAGCCUGAGGGAGAACAAGCCUUUGCUGUGGAGUAUAAUUAUCUCCGGCCUUGCCAUUGUGGGCCUGCUCACCGGCUCCUCACCAGAGUUCAACCAGCAGUUCGGGCUGGUCGAGAUCCCAACAGAGCUGAAGGUGGUGAUUGCGGGAGUCCUGGUGGCUGACUUCCUGACGGCACUUGUGAUAGACCGGACACUGCAGGCAUUGCUGGGCAGCAGCAGAUUCCGUGUGCCUUCCUGAUACCUGAGCUCACAGAGACCUGGGCAUUAAGCCACUCCCACAGGUGGACUUUUAACACACCAAUGGUUUUCUUAGAUGGCUUUUGAUACAAAGACUGGUAUUUUCAUACCUAAACAAAAACAAUUUGGUGAGGAAACAAUAAAUCCGUGUACCAUCUGAGAGUGUUUGUGAAUUCUGAGCCACUCAGUUCUUCAUCUCUUACAAACUGGAAUGUGAAAUAUUCAUUAAUGCUGCUAGGCUUUUGUUUUAUCACCUCCACGGUAAAUAUUCUGAAUGCAUUUCAUUAAUCAAAAGUGGAAGGUUUUCCUGGUCAUUAUCUGCGGUCAAACACAGCUGCUGAGGCCUGGGUAUUCCAUGAGGUGGGGAAUAUGGAUUCACUCUCAUUGUGUCCCUCUAUUCUGGGCCUCUUAUCCAUCUGCUCCAUUCUGUGCUCCCUGCUGAAGGCUGAAUCUUCAGUCACCAGACUUGCCCUAACCAAGGGGAGCAUAUUCUUUUUAAAAAAAAACCAUAUCUGUCUGGAUGAGUAUCAAAUCUUGUCUGAUCACACACCUUUAAAGCAUUUUGGUAUGUUUUGCAAUAUCUUACAGCAGCAGUGUGAAGUGAGAUGUCUGCUGUUCCCUGGUAUAUUCCCAGCAUAAACCUGGACCCUGCUGUCUCUGGCUACUUCAUAAGAUGGCAAUGCACAGAGAUGCAGUAGUUACUCCAGCUCAUGAUACUGGUGCUAUCUUUAAAUUAGUGUUUCAAAUUUUCUGGUCAGGGAUUUCAGUUAUCUGAAGUGCAGUGCCACUGAACUCUUAGACAAAACUACAUUUAAUCCAGCAGCAGCAGCAGAGUUAAUAGUGGUGCUUAACAGACUAGGGGUUCUGCGGAUACCAGACCCAGCGACAGUGACCUUGCCUUGGCAGCUUAGCCAAGGAAGCGGCAGACUCAGGCGAUGUGAGAGGAAGCAGAAACAUGGCAAGAGAGCUGGGGUGCUAGCAAACAGGAACUCCCUGCCAGGAAAAUCCAGUGGAGGUGGACUCUGUGUACCUUGCCAAAGGUUGGUGCACAGAGUCCUCUGCAGUUAGCAGUCAAUGCUCUGGGAAAAUUGAGCAUUUUAUAAUUAAAUGCCAGCCACAUUACCUGCUCAGGAGUUUACUGUUAUGUCUACAAUACCUCUCUGCUCCCCCCCCCCCCCCCCCCACUGAGCGUCAAUGCUAAGGACGCACUUGGAGAGCUUUACAGCAUCAUCAUCUAUAAAACAAGCAUCCAGAUGUUCUUUUCAUAAUUGCAGGAGAUGUCAAUCAUAUUAACCUGCAGGACAUUUUACCUAAAUUCCACCAACAUGUCACCAUGGUCACUAGGAGAGCUGACAGACUGGACCAUGUCUAUGCAAAGACGCGGUACUACAAGUCAUACCACAGCUUAAUCUCAGCUUCUCUGACUACAUCUCCAUAAUGUUAAUCCCAGCAUACCGACUGCUAUUGAAAAUGGAGAAACCAGUCAAGAGGACAUCGCUGUAUGGCCUAAUGGAGCAAUAUAUGCUCCAGGACUGUUUUGAAUGAACGAACUGGCAGGUGUUUAAUGAGGCUGCACAAAUGGAGAAGACAUCUAACAUCAGCUCCAUCAGUAAUUCUGUGGACAACAUUAGCAUCUCAAAUGCUCAUCUCAUGGCUCAAUCAGGAGCUCUGGCUGAACAGAGGUACGCUUCCUAUUCCAGUUCCCAGAGCAUCCAGGAGAAUCCUCAUCUUGGGCAUCAAGAGGGCAAAGGAUGCCUGUGUACAGAAAAAAAAUUGAGAAACUCUUGGUCGAUUAUCAUCAAGGGCAUUACUGACUACGCAAGGGAAGACUGUGUUGACUACCAGUGAUGCUUUGCUCCCUGAUGCACUAAACAAUUUGUGCAUGCUUCAAGGCACGCAACAUAACACCAGCCUCAAACGAUGUCCCCUCCCAGAUGAACAGCCACCUUCUGAGGCAGCAGCAGAUGUGCAAAAUACUCUGCAGAGUCAACCCCCUUAAGGUGGCCAGACCAGACAAUGUCCCAGGCUGAGUACUCAGGGAAUGUGCAUAUGACCCCACUGGUAUCUUCAGUACUUUGCUCAUCCAAGCUGCUGUCCCCACAUGCUUCAAGUCAGCCACGGUCAUUCCUGUGUCAAAGAACUCUACACCUUCAGAGCUAAGUGACUACCACACAGUAGCACUAAAUGCCAAUCACCAUGCAGUGCUUUGAACAGCUGAUAAUGGCACAUGUCAAAAACUCCACUCCUGCCAUAUUGGACACUCAGCAGUAUGUUUCACUGACAAAACCACUCUGCGGCAGAUGAAAUUGCAGCUGUCUUGCACUCUGCCCUAACACAGAGAACAAGGACACGUGUCAGAAAGCCAUUGCUGGAUCUUAGUUCAGCAUUCAACACUACUGACCCACAGACCCUGGUGAACAAACUCCUACUCCUUGGUCUAAAUACACUACUGUGCAACUAGUUGUUGGACUUUCUAACCAACAGACCUCACUCUUUCCAGCCCAUCACCCUCCUGGGGUGCCCCUCCCCAGGUUGUGUACUGAACCCAUUGCUGUUUGCUUUGCCCACAAAUGAUUACAGGGUCAAGCACCUCAGCAAUCAAGUUUGCCAAUUACGUGAUGAGGCUCAUCAACAACGAUGAGAAUGUGAAGGAGCUCGAGGCCUGGUGCUAGGCAAAUAACCUCUCCCUGAAUGUGAAGAAAAUUAUUGACUUUAGGAGAUUUGCACCACCCCUUUUUACCUCAGUGGCACAGCUGUGGAAACUUCAAGCAGUUUUAAACUCCCAGGUGUCCACAACACACACAAUCUCUCAUGGUCCCAGAACACAUCCUACAGAGAAGGAAGAUCACCUAGGCCCUACCUGGAGAGGCUGAAGAGAGCUGGACUUAGCACAUCCAUACUCAUGUCAUCCUACUGAUACACAGCAGAGAGCAUCCUAACAAGCUGUGUCACUGCUUGGUGUGGAAAUUGCACUGCAGUGGGUAGGAAGGCUCUACAAUGGGGAGAUAAGUGUCCAAUGCAUCACUGGCACUGGUCGACCUGCCAUCAAGGAUGUACAGAAAGUGCCAGUAACAUCAUGAAGAUCCCACCCAUCCUGCUUAUGGACUGUUUGUCCACCCCCAUUAGGAAGUUACAUAGUAAUCAGACCAGGACCACCAGGCUCAAAAACAGUUACUUUCCUCAAGCAGUAAGGCUGAUCAACACCUCCACCCAUACUUUAUUUUUGUCAGUCUCCUUAUGUGCAGUCUAGUGUUAGUUUAUGGGCAUACAAUCUAUGUAUAUAUGUAUUUAUAUUUAUUUUUAAUUAUUGUGGUUUUUUUUUCAUGCUGCAUUAGAUCUGGAGUAACAGUUAUUUUGUUCUCCUUUACAUUUGUGUCCAGGAAAUGUCAUUAAACGUUCUUGAAUCUUGGUGUAC